UCCACACAGCGGAGUUUAAUUCCUCCAGUAGGUGGCUGUUUGCUCCGUGUACUCGGAUGUGUUUUUAUUUGGAGCUCUCUCAAUGACAACUCCGGGGGAGAGAAGUGACGCCACAGUGCGGUAAAGGCUGGCCCGACGGCUCACACUUUAAAUCUUGCCGCGACCAAUCUGACAGACACACAUCAGAGCAAAACAUUUGGAAAAAAUAAACAAGGGAGGAGACCAGGCGAGAGAAAGAAGUGCGGAACUCCCCAUGAGGAGCUGCUGAAAGAGGGAAACUCCUCUCACUAAGCAGGUGGGGAGAGACAAUAAAAAGCGAAGGAAGGAGCAAACUUCUGUCCGUUCUCCCAACUGUUCGGGCACAAUGGCAGCAUGACUGAAGACAACUUCCCGCAGUUGGACUGGGAGUUGUUGACUCAGUCCCUUAAUGGUAGCAGCCAGGAGGCUGAGCCCGAUAGCUCGGGGUUGCCCUUCCUUUACGCCGUGCCCGCCGUCUACGGCCUCCUCAUCGUGAUCGGGCUGGUCGGCAAUGUGACCCUCAUCAAGAUCUUCUGCACCGUGAAGUCCAUGAGGAACGUGCCGAACAUCUUCAUCACCAGCCUGGCGCUGGGAGACCUGCUCCUGCUGCUGACCUGCGCCCCCGUCGACGCCAGCAAGUACGUGGCCACUGAGUGGCUAUUCGGCCGGGUGGGCUGCAAACUGAUCCCCUUCAUCCAGCUCACCUCGGUAGGGGUGUCGGUGUUCACCCUGACAGCGCUGAGUGCAGACAGGUAUAAAGCUAUAGUCAGACCCAUGGACAUCCAGACCACCAAUGCCCUGAUGAAAAUCUGUGUGAAAGCAGCCCUCAUCUGGGUGUUUUCCAUGCUACUGGCUAUUCCUGAUGCAGUGUUUUCUGAUCUGCAUUCCUUUUAUGACCCACACAUCAAUAAAACGUUUAAGGCGUGUGCCCCAUACCCACAUGGUGAUGAGCUGCACCCUAAAAUCCACUCCACAGCAUCCUUUCUGAUUCUUUAUGUCAUCCCACUCUUCAUCAUAUCUGUGUACUAUUUCCAUAUUGCCAAAAACUUGAUCAGGAGUGCUUACAACAUUCCAGCAGAGGGCAAUCAGCACAUUUUGAGACAGAUGGAAUCCAGGAAAAGACUUGCAAAGACAGUGCUGGUGUUUGUGGGUUUCUUCGCUGUGAGCUGGCUCCCCAGUCACAUCAUCUACCUAUACCGCUCCUACCAUUACAGGCAGGUGGACACCUCCUUGGCGCAUUUGAUUGGCAGCAUCUGUGCCAGGAUUCUUGCUUUCAGCAACUCCUGUGUUAACCCCUUCGCCCUCUACCUGCUGAGCAAGACCUUCCGAAAGCAAUUCAACAACAACCUGUUCUGCUGCAGGAGCCACCUCCUCAUACGCUCGACCAGCAUGGGCAGGAGUACCACAGCUUCACGGAUGACAUCACUCAAAAGCACAAACCACUCCGUGGCAAGCUUCAGCCUCAUCAAUGGGAAUUUAAUAUCUUCGCAGAAGUCCCAGGAAGAAGAAGAAACAGUAUUCAUCUGCUACUUUCCCACGGCAGUCGUUCAGGGGUUAUGAGUGAUGCUAGCACAUAAAUUGGUAUCUGAAUAAAUAGGCUGCCUGCUAUUUUGCUUUAAAAGUAUGGUGUUGUUUCUCAAUUAUUUUAAUUUAAACAUGAUGGAAAUUUUGAAUGAAGUAACUUUUGAAAUAAAACACAUAGACUGUCCACAAUGGCCCUAUACUUGUAUUUAAUUUGACAAUGUAUUUCCCUUUGAUUAGGUGGAACAUCAGAUUGCACAGAAAAAGAUGUUUUAAAAUGUAGAUGUUUGGUCAUUCCAUUUCCUGCUACUCAAUGCACUUUCAUCAAUGCUGAACCUUGCUGUACAUUUCUCUAAGAGAAGCAGAUAAGAAACCACCUACAUGUGGGAAACAAAAGCAUCUAUUAAAUACUGAUGAUAUCAAAGAACUGCUUGCCAUCCUUGUUGUAAAUAACUUUGAGAUUAAUGAGAUAGAUUACUUGAAGCAGGUUCAGUAUUAGAGAAGACAGUUAUGGGAAUCAGCAAAGAACAGUCAGAAACAGUUAAAGGUAGUCAGUGCUAAUCGUUUUCCCCAUGGGUUUUAUAGAUGGAAAAUUAGGAAGAUAUCCAUUGAACAUGUCUUUAACUCCAUGGCAACUUUACAUCAGCAUUGAAUGUACACAAUAGCACUUUCUCAAUAUUAUACUCUGCGUGUAUUUUGAUAUGUUGGAUGUUAUAAAUAUAUGAAACAAAUAUACCUUGCUUGAAUGAUAAUUUUACAAACAAACCUAUUGUCCACAUUCUAUCACCGUGAAACUAGCAAUUCCAGGUCUUUUCUGCUAUGUUACUGCUCAGUGUUUUAAAGGCCCAGAAAUGCUUAUCAUACUAUAAAAUGCAAAAAAAAAUUGUUGAAGACUUAAUAUUUCACAGCUUACUUAUUUUCAAAUCAUGGAACUAAAUAACCAAACCGGAGCAGCUGAGCUAUGCUUUGAAUGAGUGCAUGCUUGGGGCUUUUCAGUCAUGGAGGUGUGAGGUGGUUCACAUCAAAACAAUGAGUAUUAAAGUACCCCAUAGUGCCCAUUCAAGAUGAAAAAAAAAUCAAAAUAGCUUUACUUUGUAACAAUUCCCACAUAUCACAUAGGAAAAUGUACAACAGGAAGAAUUAUAGUGCCUUGUUUAAUCCCUUUGUGACGAAGGACUUCAUAACUUUCAUGCGUGCCUUUGUACUUGGUGAGUUCUGGUGUUUCUCUGUCACUUGGGGAAUAAAUUGCAGAUUGUUCCACUGCAGCUUGUGAUGUUGUAAAACAUUUUGAAAACUUCAUACCUGAAAGGAAAAAAAAAGUCUCUUGAUUUUCUUCUUCAAUGCAAAGAAACAGUUGAUUCUACAUUUGUAAAUUGACAUUUUUUUUUCCUUUAAUGAACUUGAUACUUUGGUGGAAUACUAUGUGCUAGCAAUGGGAUACUGUCACUUGUGUAUUGAAUACUGUAUGUUGUCAGUUUUUAUUUCAGUCUUAAAGUACUAUUCUAAAUCUGAUCAUUGUUUACCUUUAAUCUCAUUAGUACAAAUAACAGCAUGCUCAGUUGUCAACCAUAUGUUUUUUAAACAUUAAUUUGCUAGCCACUAAGUAAUGACAAUCUAUGUGCCUGAUGUAUAUGACUAUUGUGAUAAUCUGUAAAUAAGUUGUAUAUAUUUGACUGGAGUAAGUUCAGGUGAAGAGGUGUUCCAGCAGAUUGUGAUAAUCAAAAUUUGCACUGUUGGUUUUGCUGGACCUAACAAUCACUGACAACCAAAACUAAAAUUCUAACAUUUUUAAUUUCAAUUUCUAAAAGUCACAGUUCCGUGACAUUGUAAAACUAAUUAUGAAUUCUACCAUUCUUUGUAAGCGUGAAAGUUUCAUAUAUUGAAUGUGUUCCAAAAAAGAAAAUACAAAUCAAGGUUGUAAAAGAAAUUAUUUUCUUUGAGAAGUCGCUUCGGACAUUUUGGAUAGCACAUUAGAUUUCACAGUCCUUUCCCUAAAUUAUUAUUUUUUUCCCGGUUCACUUCCAAAUCUUCUGCAUUUUCCUCACCACCACUUCCCAACUUCAUCCACCCAAUGACAGCAAUGUCUCGAGCUAUCUAGACAGUACACUCUAAAAUUGUCUUUUUAAACUUUUCCACUGCCUUUGUAAAGUCUUGCUUAAAGUGAACCACUUAGCCAAGCUUUUGGUCAUCCUAGCUAAUAUGUUUCUUUGGACUGGCUUUAAAUUUGUUUGGUUAUGCUCCUGUAAAGCUUCUUGGGGUAUUUUCUUUAGUUAAUGGAUACUUUCAAAUUGUUGUGGUUUUAAAAACAACUGAUAUUGUUACUAUUUAACAAUGGCACUAAAAUUGUCAAUUUCAGAAAAGAAAUGCAUUAUAAUGCUUAAUGCAGGAAGUAAAUAUGUCCACUGGUACAAUAGGGAUUGUUGUCCUUACAUAUGGCUAAGAAAGACUUUUUCAGUGCAAUGAGGAAAGCUUUGAAGGCCUAAAGAAGGCUCAUUGGACCCAAAAUGUUAACUCAGUUUUCACUCCACAACUGCUGCCACUCCUGCUGAGUUUCUCCAGCAAUUUCUGUUUUUGCUUCAGAUUUCUAGCAUCCACGGUUCUUAGGCUGUUUUGAAUGUCUAUAGGAGAAAGUGAGGUCUGCAGAUGCUGGAGAUCAGAGUCGAAAAAUGUGACGCUGGAAAAGCGUCAG